UCGAGCAAAGCCUGUUUCUUGGUUUUGAAACAUUUCGGCCGUUUUUCAAGGCGGCGUACAAAUAAUACGUGCACUUGGAUGCACCGGAUUUCAUGUCGGCCUUCCGAUGAAAGGCGGCAUCUCGGCAGAGCAACCUUUCCAAGCGCGUCCUUCCUUUAUCCAUUCCUCGCCAACGCAAGAACCAAGAACAGCGCGCGCGCGGAUUACGAGGCGGGAGAUUUGGCGGCAAAUCGCCGCGCGAGUUCAUCCAUGUCCACCUCCACCCCGUAAAAACAAAUUCAGGGUUAAGCUGGAUGAAUGGAUGAGCUGUCCAAGGAGCAGAUCGACGAGUUCCGGGCGGCCUUCAACCUCUUCGACAAGGAUGGCGACGGGACGAUCACGACCAAGGAGCUCGGCACGGUGAUGCGGUCGCUGGGGCAGCGCCCGUCGGAGGAGGAGCUGCGGGAGAUGAUCGCGGAGGUGGACACGGACGGCAACGGCGUCGUGGAUUUCUCCGAGUUCCUGACCCUCCUCGACCGCAAGAUGCGCGGCGCCGAGGACGAGCUCCGCGAGGCCUUCCGCGUCUUCGACCAGGACAAGAACGGCUUCAUCUCGCUGGACGAGUUCCGGCACGUCAUGGUCAAGCUCGGCGAGCGCCUCUCCGACGAGGAGGUCGCGGAGAUGCUCCGCGAGGCCGACCUCGACGGCGACGGGCAGAUCAACUACUCCGAGUUCGCCAGGGUCAUGACGGCCAAAAUGGACUCGACGGCGACGGGAUCAAAACCAUCGGCGCCGCCGCUCUUCAAGAAUGGACUCCGGGUCUGCCGCUACCUUCUGGCCUUCCGGAUCAUGCAGAUCGGCCGGAGUAAUAAACGAGGACGGCGGAAGUCACAGGAAAACAGCCGUGAGAUGGUAGGGCGGAAGUCACAGCAAAACAGUCGUGAGAUGGUAGGAGAGAAGACCGGCGGCGAUGCCGAUCCCCCGCCGGACCAAGGAAACAAGGACAAACGAGGAAGCUGCAUCCCCUCAUGUAUCAUCCUCUGAAACUUCAGGUUUUUUGUUUCACCCUUCAGUUCUGAUUUACAGCUCAAGGAACAAGUGUAUGUAACAAGGCAAAAACAAGAAAUUAACUCCAUGGUCUCACAAUUUACAAUGGGAACGAACGAAAUGAUGACCGGCCGAUGUGAGUUUACAAGCAUAUUCGGCUAAAUGUUUGCGAAUUCCUGAUUGCAUUGUUCCAAAGUGAACUCGAUACGACUUGCGAAAACCACAUGCCUAAUAUACAGCAAAACCUACUUGAAUGUGCUUGACUUAAACUGUUCCAAGAAGUCUCUCAAAAUGCAGCAUAUACAACACCAGUGGAGGACAAGCACAGCUGACAACAGGGCUAUCCAUCGGUACUUACAAAAUGCGGUGAACAAUUUUUUCUUGAUCCAGCUCCUGAGAAUGGAUCAA